GGAUGCUUAACCAAACCAAACCAACUCAACCGACCUUUGACGUACCUUCUUUCUCCUUCUCCUUCUCCUUCUCCUUCUCCCUCCCUUCCUCUCUUCCUUUCUUUCUAUUUUAUCACUAUUUUUUAUUUUAUUUUUCUGUAAACGACCACAGUCCACACACCAAAAACACCAAACCUUUUUACACACAUAACAUAUCUCUUUUGUUGUCUCAGCAAAAUCUGUCAUAUCACAUAUCAUAGCUCAUGGGUUCUCCUUUCACUUCUAACCAAAGCCAUGGCCACACUUGGCUCUUCAUGUCACUACUAUUCAUGUCUUUAGCUUCGGAGACUUGCCACGCUCUCCACUCCUUCGGCUUUGACAUCCACCACCGUUUCUCUGAUCCCGUCAAGGGGAUUCUCGGCGUUGACAACUUCCCCGACAAGGGGACAAGUCAAUACUAUGUUGCCAUGGCCCACAGAGACCGAAUAUUCCGGGGCCGCCACCUCGCCGCCGGUUACCAAACGCCGCUCACUUUUCUACCCUCCAACGAGACUUAUCAGUUUGGAGCCUUUGGAUUCUUGCAUUUUGCCAAUGUUUCUGUUGGGACUCCACCUUUGUCGUUUCUUGUGGCAUUGGAUACUGGUAGUGACUUGUUCUGGUUACCUUGCAAUUGUACCAAAUGUGUGCGUGGUGUAGAGUUAUCAAACGGACGGAAAACGGAGAAAAUUGUUUUUAAUAUCUAUGAUCCUAAAAAAUCAUCCACAAGCCAAAGCGUUUCGUGCAAUAGCAGCUUAUGUGAGCUACAGAAACAAUGCCCUUCAUCUGGUAGCACUUGUCCAUAUGAAGUAAACUAUCUAUCCAAUGGUACUUCAACUUCUGGGUUCCUGGUGGAGGAUGUGUUGCACUUGACUACAGAUGAUGAUCAAACAAAAAAAUCUGAAACGCAAAUUACUUUUGGUUGUGGCCAAGUUCAGACUGGUGCAUUUUUGGAUGGUGCAGCUCCAAAUGGUCUGUUUGGAUUAGGAAUGGAUAAUGUAUCUGUCCCAAGUAUCUUAGCCAAAGAAGGGCUUACUUCAAAUUCCUUUUCAAUGUGUUUUGGAUCUGAUGGUCUUGGAAGAAUCACAUUUGGAGAUAACAGCAGCUUUGUCCAAGGAAAAACACCAUUCAACCUCAGGGCAUUGCAUCCUACAUACAACAUAACCGUUACCCAAAUUAUUGUGGGAGAAAAUGUUGCUGAUGUCGGGUUCCAUGCAAUAUUUGACUCUGGUACCUCGUUUACAUACCUAAAUGAUCCGGCUUAUACGCAGAUUGCUAACAGUUUUAAUUCAGUAGUUAAACUACAACGGCACUCAUCUUCUUUCUCUGAUGAUCUCCCCUUUGAGUACUGUUAUGACUUGAGUUCAAACCAGACUGUUGAAGUUCCCAUUAAUCUUACCAUGAAAGGUGGAGACACUUAUACUGUCACGGACCCUAUAGUAACUGUCACUGGUGAUGAUAUUAACUUACUUUGCUUGGGUGUCCUCAAAAGCAACAACGUGAAUAUCAUUGGACAAAACUUCAUGACUGGUUACCGUAUAGUCUUUGACCGUGAGAACAUGAUUCUUGGUUGGAAGGAAUCCAAUUGUUAUGAUGAUGCACUCUCUACUUUGCCUACUAACCGAUUACACUCCCCUGCUAUUUCUCCUGCCAUAGCUGUGAAUCCUGAAGCAACAUCAAACCAAUCUAAUAAUCCUUUGCAGUCACCUAAUCUCUCAUUUAAGAUAAAACCAACUUCUGCUUUCAUGAUGGCCCUUUUUCUUCUUUUAGCCAUUUUUUGAGUAUAUCUUAGGCUAUUCAGUGUCAUAUUAUUAAUAUUAGUAUUUUUUUAGCACACACGAGAGAAGCAUUAUUACUACGCAUUUUUGUAUUCUUGGUAGCAUAAUUUGAUAAUGAGUUUGUAGAUAACAUAAAAACAUGAAAUAAUAGUUGUGAAAAUAUAUAUAUAUAUAUUUUUCCAUUCUUACA